AUGGGAACCGACACACAGUCACCCAGCAUGAGCGAGCGAUAUAUCGGUAUCCAGAACCCAGAUCUGGCAGACUAUCCUUGCCAGGCAGGGCAGUUUCGACGGAAGCACUGUCUGCAACACCGAAUCACACAUGCCCCCUUGAAAUAUCUCCGUAACACGGAGGCAUCUGUCCAUGUCGGCUUUGUCACACAGGAAAGUCAGGGGAGAGCACAUAUAUAUCCACCAAUCGCGAGCCGAAAUAAUCCAUUCAGCCUUGGAACAUCUCAAAGUAUGCAUGAGAUUUACUUCAUCUCGAGCAGAGCAUGCACUGCGGGUGCAUCUCGAAAAUGA